UCUUGGGUGAAUGAUUGGUUGAUUGGUCAUCGCCAUCUCCAUCUCCAUCUCCAUCUCCUGUCGGCCAAGGCGAACAGACAGGCGAGCUAGGGUUCCUUCCUUCCUUCCUUGGGACCACGACGACAUGGAGAUGGAUGAUUCCUCCUCGCCGGCGGCGGACUUCGUCGACUACCUGGGACCCGACACCUCCGCCACCGUCUUCACCAUGAUCCACCACCCCGCUGACCUCGCCCGCGCAUCUGCCGUAUCCAGAUCCUGGCGACAAUUCGUUAUCGACAACCACUUCACCAAGCUGCAGUGCCUCAGGGCCUGCCCGGAGGUCUCCACCUUCACCGCCGUCGACGUCACCACAUCCAGACGCACCACCCUUCAAGACCAAGACCAACACUCUGCGGCCCAGUCAAACACCACCGCCGAAAACCUCCACAGGGUGUACUCGCACCUCGCCCACGGCCUGCUCUCGCCCUACAACCCCAGGGACUGCAUCCUCCACUGCAUAGGCGCCUCUAGUACCGACAACUUCCCCGAGGAGACAGUAGAGAACACCCUUGAGCCCGUCGAUCAGCUCGACACCUCCAGGCCCUCCUAUUGGUCCAGCGGCGGCCAGAGGGACCCCGACGCCGCCGAGUGCCUCAUAUAUCGCCUCCAGGCUGAUCUCUGCCUCAUUCACGAGAUCAAGGUGCAGCCGUUCAAAGCGUUUUUCCAGCAUGGCGACCCAAUAUAUUCGCCAAAGAGCAUCCGGGUCCAGAUGGGCUAUCCAAGGUCACCGCUACGCCCUGAAGCACUUGUCUCUGAUGAAAAUGAAGGCCAGUUGAUUCAUGACACAAACUACGUCUGGACCUACACGUCUCCAGAAUUCCCAAUGCUGCAGGAAAAUGUUUUGCAAUCCUUCACGUUACCGCGUCCGGUUCUCUGUAUUGGUGGGGUGGUGAAGGUUGAGCUUCUUGGGAGGGUGCAGAAACAGGCAAUCGAUGGUCUCUACUACAUAUGCAUAUCUCAUGUCCAGAUAGCGGGGAAGGCACUGUCACGAGACCUCGGGGUCGUUCCUCGCGGGGACGGCCUGGUCCUGAAUUACUAUCUGGAUCCCCGUACAUGCGGCGUUCCCCGCAUCGAGUCGUCAAGGGUCGAUGGGCGCAGCAGGUGGCAGGGCUUGGCGUCAAGGAUCUGGCAUUCUGGCACGGCGCGAGGGAUAGGAGGACUGAACCAGACGCUGCUGAGCAGACUGUUCGGUGGUCCGUUGCGGCUUGUGGUGGUAGCGGACGAAUCGGAAGGAGAGGAGGAUGAGGAUGAUCUUCCUUAGAAGGAAGGAAGGAAGGAAUAAGCUCAAGGGAGGGGAGGGUCUUAUUUGAUUUGAUUUGAUUUGAUUUUCUGCACAAAAGAAACAUGUGAUAGUUACUGCUACAUACUCCCACAACUUUGUACUAGAAAAGUUGAGACACCUAUUUUGGAACAGAGGGAGUAGUAGUAUAAGAAGAGUGGCUGUCUUUUGUUUGUGGUGCUGUGAGAGGAAAAAAAGAAGACUAAAUUUUGAUUGUGUUGUAAUAGAAGACAGCACAAUGAAACCAAGCUCACUUGACUUGUAAUCAGAUUCAGAAUCAGAUCAAUGUAAAGAAUGCCACUGUUGUUGCUGUUU